AUGGCUUCCGGGCCUUCGCUGGUCGACAUUCCAGUCGAAAUUCUUUACAUGGCCCGGUCAUUUUUGACCAAUCGCGAUAUAAAGUCUCUACGCUUGACUUGUAAAUAUCUGAGCAAUGCGGUGCCAUUGAACUUUUCACGAGUGUUUCUUUCUGCAAACCCGUUGGAUAUUGAGGUGUUUCGUGCUGUUGCAAACCACCCUACUCUUCGCCAUCAAAUACAGGAGAUCAUUUGGGACGAUGCCCGUUUUGUUUCUGAGCCAUGGUCUCUCUGGUCCGAGCUAGGAGACUAUGAGCGGGAAGUUCUCACAGAGUGGAGUAAUUAUCACGAAGCCCCCUUUUGGUUUGUUUACAGAUGCAGAGAGAACAUCAUAAGUAUGAGGGCUCGAAAGACCUCGGACAUCGAAAGACCCGCCCAUGCUUCUCUUGAAAGACAGUUGAAGGCUCUCCUGCCUAUAAAGCAAUGUUACGAUCACUAUGCGGUAUUGAAAAAGCAGCAAGAUGAGGUUCUCAUAUCUGGCGCCGACAAAGAUGCGUUUGUUUAUGGCCUGGAUCGCUUUCCGCAAUUGACCAAGGUUGCCGUCACACCUGCAGCGCAUGGGUGGUUAUUCUGUCCGCUUUAUGAGACCCCUUUCAUUCGUGCGUUUCCGUAUGGAUUCAACUACCCGAUCCCAAGGGGAUGGCCCACCCCUUGGCCAAUGUCCCCUGACUACCCGGCACCUUGCUCAUGGACCCUGGAGACUGCCAGAAGCAUGCCAAACCCACUUUUAACCCCAGAGAAUCGCACCGCAGGCGAAGGUUACAAAGAUCUUUGGAGGGGCGUUAGGACCGUUUUGAAAAGCCUCUCCCAAUGCGACCAUCAUGUCUCCGACUUGAGAUUCGAUGCAAAUAAACUCAACACAGGUGUUCAUCACGAAAUGUUCACUCGACCGUGUGAAGAAUACGAUCACUUUGUGACGCUGCUCAAGCGGCCGGGACUUCGCCGCUUUGAUUUGACUUUGUUCAUCGAUGACCCAGGGCUGCAAAGCUUUGCGACCGGAGACUUCCGACGGGCUAUUGGCCAUGCCAAAGAUUUGACACAUAUCAAUAUAUCGACUACGCUCGACAUUGCGUCUCAUUACUGGGGAUAUAGGGAAUAUAAUGGAUCCACGUCUUUACAAGAUAUCCUCCCUUUUGCUCAGUGGCCGAAGCUUGCACAUUUCGGUAUCACACGGCUUGAGAUAACACCAUCAGAUUUGCUAGAGACGCUUCGUAAGUUACCACAAACAGUGCAAUCAAUUGAACUCAACCGGCUGCGAUUCUACGGCCAAGGCGAUGUCCACGACUGGCGCGAGUCAGAAAAUCUGGAACGAUUCGGCAUGUUCCACGCUUUACUGGAGGAAAUACGGCAAAAGCUCAAAUGGCACGAGCGAUAUAGAUCCGAGAGGCCAUCUCUUGUCAUGAUUGCGGAUGAAUGUCACCCAUGCACCAGUGAAUUCCUAGAUGAUGAUGUCCAUCCAUGCUCUCGGGGGACUUUCUACCAGGAAGCCUAUCAUCCCUGCGAAAAUGGGCGAGGCAUUCGGCUCGAAAAAGAGAUUCAUGAUUUCCUCUACGGAUCUGGGGAAAAUCCCUUUGAAGAAAAUUUCCAGGUACCGAAGCGUGGGAUGGGGACGAAACGAGAUAUCUUCUUUCCCGAUUGUAUUCGGCCUCAGGUCGGUUCGAAGGAAGAUACAUCAAUGAGGACUACCGACCCUGAAAUUUGGGAAGGGGAUUGGCCUGGAUAUUUACAAGACUACUCGUCUGAAGGCUUCAGCCUAUUCCACAGGAUGGAGGAAUUCGAGCUGUGUGGGAGGUCCCGUCCCAACUAG